AUGACAGCUGCCACUACAUCACAGCCAGCUUUCUCGCCUGACCAAGUUUCCGUGAUCUUCGUUCUAGGAGGACCCGGUGCAGGCAAGGGUACUCAGUGUGAAAAACUAGUUAAGGACUAUUCAUUUGUCCAUUUGUCAGCCGGAGACCUUCUACGUGCUGAGCAGGGCAGAGCAGGUUCCCAAUAUGGGGAAUUGAUCAAGAACUGCAUCAAAGAGGGCCAGAUUGUCCCUCAAGAGAUUACUUUGGCGCUUUUACGCAACGCUAUUUCCGAUAACGUCAAGGCGAACAAGCAUAAGUUCUUAAUUGACGGAUUUCCUAGGAAGAUGGAUCAAGCCAUUUCCUUUGAAAGAGACAUCGUUGAAAGCAAAUUCAUCCUGUUCUUUGACUGCCCUGAAGAUAUCAUGUUAGAGAGACUAUUGGAGCGUGGCAAGACCAGUGGUAGAAGCGAUGACAACAUUGAGUCCAUUAAGAAGAGAUUUAACACUUUCAAGGAGACUAGUAUGCCCGUCAUCGAGUACUUUGAAACCAAAUCGAAAGUCGUCCGUGUUCGUUGCGACAGAUCCGUCGAAGAUGUGUACAAAGACGUCCAAGACGCUAUCCGUGAUAGCUUAUAG